GGAAAACCCCUCCCCUUCCGAACCUCCACGAAGGCACGAAGACGAUUCCAAGAGCGGUAAUGGCCGCAUCCGCCGGCGCUCUCCGUGCUCUUCGCCGCCUCCGACCAGUGCGGCUGGAUCCGGCGCUGAGUUCUUCGUCCUGCAAGGUUCCCGCCGCCGCUGCCGCAGCCGGCAGCCUCCUCGGUGCGCCCCGCGCGAUCCUCUCACCGCCCUCGGCUCCGUCGCUGUUCCGCUGCUACCGGAGCGAGGGGCAUGCCGCCGCCUUCCUCCCGGGUGUGCCCCACGCGGGCCUGGUCUCACCGCGCUCAGCGCCGUCCAUGCUCCACCACUACUCGAGCGAGGGGCGUGCCACCACCACCACAGCCAAGGAACGCUUGGAGCUGCACCCUUUUCUCCUGGAGAGGCUUGAGAACCUAAAGCAGAUAGAGGAUGACAUUCAACAGCUAGGAAUUACCAAGCAAGGUUAAGGAGAGAAUUGGAUGAACUCAAGAUGGAAAUGAGAAGGCGUGAGCUUCAGGACCUAGCAAGGACAAGGAGAGUUGAGAUGAUUGCAGACAUCACUUGUGCAGUCAUACUAGACAUCACUUCUGUAGUCAUGCUAGUCGCUCAUUUCAUCUUGGUUAUUGGGCACUAGAUUUUGGCUUAAUUUCGUUGGAUGCAAGGAGAGGAGCCAACCAAGCAAAAGUUUGAUCCUUGUUUCUGUUGUAAUGUGGUGAUGUAAUGUUCAUACACUUGUGUUGUUCCUAGUUGAACUAGACUUGUAGUUCCCAGUUAAGCUAGAGGAUGUUGGUAUGAGCAUCUCAGUGAGAGUUCUGAACAUACAUUUCUUUUGCAGUAACAGAGUUCUUAUUAUGUGACUAGUAUAAUACUACUAUCUUGCAGUACC